UGCUUGCGCUUAAACCCAACCCAUUUGGUUUCGUCUGUUCGCCAAAUCCCUCGUCCCCGUUUCUUACCCUCUUUCAGUCGCUCCUUCGGACUCUCGUCUCGCAUCUUCGUCGCUCCGUCUACUGUGCCUCCCUCGUUCAGCACCCGUGUCGGAGCCUAAAAGCUCCUCCUCCUCUCAUCAUGUCAUGCCAAGCCCGUGAAUCCCAGAUCCCCUUCGAUUCUACUUCCAUCGCGAUAUUCACCUCCUCGUUUUUCUAUUUUCCCUCCACUGAUUGAUUUCUCCCACCGCCACAAUCGCUUACAGAGUCUCCACCGCGUCCGUGGUGGCCGCGGCAUGCUCGUCGUGUCGACCACGACGGAGACCACCUCGCCCCGCCAGACAGAAAACCACAGUGCGUUCCUCUGGAAUUAUUGUUCAAUAGGUUCCCUUCAUAUUUGCUCUUUUUUGUCUAUUUCGUGCUAUGAAUUUUAGAUGCGAGAGUGUCGUAAGUCUUGUGGAUUGCUUCUAUACUCUUACCUGAUUGCUCUCAUUGACUCCAAACAACUGCCCUGAUUCUCUAACAGCUGAUGAGGUUGUAUUCGUGAGGCUUGCUUCGUUCCGAUGGUUCUUGAAUGUGCCUAGUUGAUUAUGCAUUGUUUAAUAUACAGGGGAAGUUCCAAUUAAUGGAUCCCGAUACAAUGUGUCGUUGGCUUGAUAUGUAUAGGAUAAUAUCAAUCUGUGUGGAUUAUAAUACAAUUUGUCAUUGGCUUGAUAUUUAUAGGACAAUAUCGAUAUUUCUCUCCUUCAGAGUGUGUACUUUAGGUAAUAUACAUUUGGUAUCCUGAACACUAUUCAGUUAAAAAACGAUAUAAAAGUGAUGACUUUGGUAUUAGAUGCCAGUGUUUUUUGUUUGUGGGAGUCACUUGAUUAAGGAUCAGCUGUCAUGGGUUUUACAGUUUGGUUUUUGUUACUGUGUCAGUUAUUGAGUUAUUAAAGAUCAGCUGUCAUCGGAUUUUACAAUUUUGUUUUUGUUACUACGUCAGUUAUUGGAUUGCAUUUGGUAAUAAUUUGUUACUACGUCAGAUAGUGAUAAGCAUGCUUUUGUUUUCCUGAAAUAUAUGCACAUGUAUCAGAUUUUUGUCUCCAUGAAUGCAACAUUCAUCUCUCGAUUCUUUUUAUGUGGCCUAUAAUUUUGGUAAUAAUUAAUAUGAUAAAAAGCUGACAUGAUCUUUAUGUUCAGAAGAUGUUACAAGGGGAGAAGACUGAAUUGGACUUGUAUAGAAAUGGUGGGAACAACUAUGAUGUGACCCUCGAUGGUUGGAAUAAAUACGAGGGACUUAACGGUUAUUAAAAGGACCAUGAGCUUUUCUUUAAGUCUUGCAAUGAAAACACUGAAAGAAGUAUUGAGAUUGACUUAACUAUACAAUCGGCCGUUUGAUUAUCUUAAAUGCCCCAUACUGCUGUCAGAUGCCAAUUUGUUUAUUAACAUGGUACUAUUUGAUUCUUUCUUUUGUAUUUUAACAUGGUAGUGUUUGCUUCUUUCUCUGUUUACACACCCAUCAUUUGCUAAUUCCAUGACAUGGAUACUUUAAUGGUAUUUAUUCCUUGUGGCUUGAACUAAUCUUAAUUUUUACAAAUUGUAUGGUAGGAAGCUUUAAGCUUCUUGGAGCUAUGAGACAUUUAGAUGUUAAAGUUCUGGUUGUGGCUCUAUAUCUUGUUUGAGAAAGGGCAGUCUCUUGGAUAAGGCAUAUAUAUUUAUUUAUAAUUGCUCUAGUUACAGAGUACAUAUUCCUGAUUGCUAGUGGGUAAUGACAACAUAAACCUAACUCACUUCUUAAACUUAAGACUGCAAAUCAGAAGCUGUUUGAAGCUUAAAAAUGUUGUGGUUGCUGAUCAGUUAUUAACUUUUGAGUUAUUUAAGAAGCAAUCAUUGUCAAUCUUAGAGACUCUGUGGUUAUUUGAUAUUUUAUUAUGCUAGUAUUUUCUAAAGUCUUUAUCAUGGAGAGGUGUUAUUUUCAGUUGGUCUGUCUCGGAUGAAAUGACUCAACCUUGCUGCUAAGACAAACCUGGCUGUGCUUUAGAUCUGAAUAUGGUUGAUGGUGGACAUAGGCAACAUAAGAGGCACAAACCAGCUCAGUUCAGGUCAAUUCACAAUAAGAUAAUGCCUCAAAAUCAAAUGAAGGAUCAUCCUGCUUUGAAGAUCAUUGCCUUGAUAGCUGAGCGGGAUAGUGCUAUUCAAGAACGUGAGCUGGCCAUCUCUGAAAAGACAGCUGCUUUGGCUGAGCUUGAUAUGGCACUGAAGGAACGUGAUGCUGCAUUUGCCAAGAGGGACAAUGCCAUUAUGGAGCGUGACAAUGCAAUUGCUGCCCUUCGCUAUGCCCGUGAGAAGAGCUAUAAUGGUUAUAAUGAACAGGGAUGUUGUUCUUGGUGCACUCCUCCCCUAUGGACAAGUCACAGCCAUCAAGACGCACAUCUCGAUGUUCAUGAAUCACCACCCCAAUUGGCAGAUGCUCCAUAUGAUCACAUACGACAGAUGCACAUAACUGAGGCAUAUCCAAUCUCAAUGGUACCUGAUUACAGUGAAAAGGAAAUGAAGGCUAAGAAGAUCACUACCAGCACCCAAGCCACUCCACACAAGAUGUCAUCAAAAUCACCGAGAAAAAUCAAGGAGGGUCAUGGUGAUGAUUCGAACAAGCUGGUCUCACAUGCAAAGAAACAUGGCAAGCUGAAGGGUCAGGAGAUCGUCGGGGGUAAAAAAGAUUUGAAUGAGGUCCCUACGAUGACAGAUACAUGGAGAAACUGUAAUCUGUGCUUUGAUGAGUUCUCUGCUAAUGAAUUGAGUGUGCCAGCGCCAGUGUGCUCCUGCACUGGGAAGUUACGGCAGUGCUAUAGGUGGGGGGAUUUUGGAUGGCAGUCUUCUUGCUGCACUUCGUCACUGUCCAUGUACCCACUUCCUGUCAUGCCCAACAAGCGCCAUGCUCGGAUGGGAGGACGGAAGAUGAGUGGCAGUGCUUUUAGGAAGUUGCUCAGAUGCCUGGCAGUUGACGGCUAUGAUUUGUCAAUGGCAGUGGAUCUCAAGAACCACUGGGCUAAGCAUGGCACAAAUCGAUACAUCACUAUCAGGUGAUCGAAGAACUCGUGCAAGUACCGUUAUGUACAGCCUUUGAAGAACCAGCUUCAUGGUUGAGAGCAUGCUUUACUAGAGAGGAAAGACCAACUCUUGUUUUGGUAGUUGGGUUGGUGAUACCGUUUGCUCUUUCUAUGUUCUUUACUUCUCAUGUUAUCAAUGUUUUGUUGCUUCCCUGGGAAAAGUUUUGGAAUCUGAUUCCCGAAGGUGUGAGAAAUUUAUCUGAUCUUGAAUCGGUGGAAAUGCGAUUGUUGCUCUUU